AUGCAUGACGAACGUGAGCUCGCAAUUGCGCCAAUCGUGCAGGACAGCGUCCAGCACAACGCCCGUACCAUCUCCACGAUCCGCAAUCUAACCGCAUCGCUGUUCGGCGUUGCCGCUGGCACUCUAGGUUUGGAGUCGUACCCGGGCUUCCUAUUCUACCUCGCCGGGAGCCUAUUGGUGUCGCUGCUCAUAUUCGUGCUGAGGGCGGGCGCGCAGCCGAAGAGCUACUUUUACCGCCCCUUCGGAGAUCUGUGGCUCGGGGAGGUGUUUGGCAGCCUAAGCAGCUUCGUGCUCACCUGGACUCUGUUCUAUGGCCUGCUCCGCGCAUAA